AUGGUAAAGGAGGUAAAGAAAUGGGGGUGGAGUAUAAAAGCGAGCCAACAUCACCACCACCAACUACCAUUACCGCCCAACACGGCGGUACGAUAUUCCGGUGGCUUCCAUCCUCCCCAUCGCCGACGCUCGCCAUCAUACAAUUUAUUGGUAAACUUUGCUAGCUUGUUAGAGGGUUACGUGCGCUGGGAUAAGAAAUAUCCAGAGUGCACCAGCAGUAUUGCCGGCACCAGCACGAACAUCAGUAUCAGCGGCGACAGCAGCAGCAGCAGCAACAGCAACAGCAGCUCCAGCGGCAGUGCCGACCCCCUUGGUUAUAGGAAAGAUUAUCUCGUGAUAUUCGUGCAGAGUCUCGGUACAAGGUAUAAGGAGAAAAAGAAGAGAGAGGAGAAGGAGAAGCCCAGAGUCCCACGGGCGCAAACAGGGACAAGAAACAGGAGCUCGCCUGCUGUGGCUAACAGCAAGGUAGGCGUGGCGGGAAAACAUGCCGUCACAAUCGACGAUCCCGUCGGCGUGGAGCGACGCGACUUGGACGAACUAUGUGCGAUGAACUAUGGCUAUCGGCGCUUCUUUCCGCGUGUGGAAGCUGCACAACUGGUUACUGUAACCGGUAUAUACGCAUUCUCUCUCAACGUGGCUCUUUCCUCAUUGACGACGACCACGUACUGCGGUAUUGUGACGCGACGAUCGGAAUCGGAAAGGAAUGAACAAGAAGCUGAAGGACAACCGAGCAAAUCUACAACUCAAGAAGAAGCUUACAAUCCUCACUUGAAUCGUGUUACUUAUAGACCAGUGUCAGACUUUGGAUCUCUCGCAAACUUGAUAAAAAGCGCAGCCGGAACGGGUCUUUUUGCUAUGCCGAACGCAUUCGCCUGUGUCGGGCUCUUCUUCGGGAUUGUCGGUACGGCAUUUAUGGGAUUGCUGAUAACCGGAUCCCUUCAGUUGCUCGUUAGAAUUCACCAUAUGAUGUGCGUUCGUCUGAGAAAACCCAUCUUGGUAUAUGACGAGGUGGUAGUCGCCACUUUAACUACGGAUGUGCGAAGACCGUGGCUCUCUCCGCGCGCUGCAACACUCAUCGUCGAUAUCACUAUGUUAGCAUGCUACAUUGGGAUUGGUUCAGUUUACGUUGUAUUCAUUUCUGGCAUAAUCCAAGAAUGUGUAGAUAGCGAAAAAGUCAUCGGUCAAAGCUACUACGCGCUCAUGAUAUUUCCACUUCUUUUUGUAAUGAACAUGGCAAAAAAUUUGGCGGACAUCGCACCGAUUUCUAUUGUCGGGAACAUUUUACUCUUAGCCGCUGGACUUAUCGGAGUCGUAUACGCUUUGAAAGAUGGAAUUGGCGACGAGUGGACCACAAUUGGGCCGAACAUAGACUUAUAUCCGAAGUUUAUCGGCGUAGUUUUCUUCAGUAUGUGUUCGCCGGGAGUGAUAUUGGCGAUAGAACAUAGUAUGAAAAAACCUUGGAAUUAUGUUAAACUUUGUGGAAUAUUGAACUGGGGCAUGGCAUUUUUGGUUAUAAUACACAUUUUCGUUGGAUCUAUUGGUUAUUUGAAGUGGGGACCCGCUGCGCUUGGCAAUUUUAUUCGUAAUCAUGAGACGCUCGACGGACCAACAUUAGCGGCUCUGAUAAUGCAAGCGCUGGCAAUAUACUUCACAUAUGGGUUGCAGUGUUUCAUGCCUAUUGGAAUUCUGAAGUACGGCUACGCCAUACCGGCCAUUGAAGACGGCACCUGCAAAGGAACACCGUUCCUCUGGGAUCUGAUCAUUCGUUUCGGCAUCACCAUCAUUACGUGUAUUCUGGCAGCAGCGAUUCCGAAGCUCGAUCUGUUCACCGGUUUGGUCGGCGGUAUAUGUAUAUCCACAUUGGCCACACUGAUCCCGGUUACCUUAUACAUUCUCGUACAUCACGAGGACUUCGGGAAGUUUAAAUGGAGACUGAUUCUGGGGAUCUCGAUGUUUUCCAUCGCUUUUAUUGCGGCCGUGUGUGCCGUAACGACUAAUUUGAUCUUAAUCGUGAAAUAUUUUAAAUAUGGGGAUUGAAGCCGGAGCGAUGGGGGUGUUAUCUUAAUCUAGUCUCUGUUCGUAGUCCACAGCCCGAUGCAAAUACCGUCGGCGCGCCUCGUAGCGUUUUCCAUUUUUGUCUUCGGGCGCAGCUCUCUAAAGCCGCCACCGUUUACGCGCGAUUCAGCCUAAUCACGGCAGCUGCGGCGGUGACAGCGACGACGACGGCGGCGGCUGGAAAAACCGCGAAAAAGGCGUGAAGCUCGUGAGGGACAAAAAGCGAGGAGAGCCAGAAAAAAGGAGAGAGAAAAGAGAGAAUACGACGAGAGAAGCGCGCGACGUAUAAUCGCGUCAGAUCACCGAGGCGUCAAUGGCUGCUGCUGCUGCUGCUGCUGGGCUUAUCACGCACACACACAUGGGCCACACAGUGAUAGAGAAGGAGAGGGAGGAAGAG